UCUAAUAUCUAAUCAUGUCAAUCAAACUGUUUCCGGGUUCAUGGGUGAUGUUUACCGGAAGAAACAAUACAGCAUGCUCCAUGUGCAAUAUACUUGACUGCAUAGGACAGGCAAAAAAAUCUAUAAGGUUUUCAUUUAAUGCAACUUAUUUAGUUUCCGUUUUCGGCAUAUGGUUUUAACAUCUUAUUUAUAGUUUGGGAAGUGUAGAUUGUAAAUCAUGGAAGAAGUUAUUAAGUUACCGCAGUCGGAUGAAAAACCUAAAAUCAAGAAGAGGGUGCGCGUACCAGCAUACAACCCAAAACAAGAGCUUAUAAAAAGACAGAGAAACGUGAAGAAUCUGACGGUUUUAGGGGAAAAUGACGCAUCUGUCAAACUAUUGGAGGACCUCGUUUUCGGUGCAGAGGAUGAGUUGGUUGAGAGACUCAUUGAGGACAAGCAAGGGGCGUCAUUAUUAGAUGACGAUGAUGAAGAUGAAGGUGACUUGGACGACCCAGAAGUGGAGAGCGAGGCUCAUCUAAAGGUCCCAUCAGCCAAGAAAGCAGCCUGGGUUGAUGACGAUGACGAGCGCAUGGAAGAAGUGGACAUGAGCCAUCGCUUCCGUAAGUACCUGACCAAAGGAGAGGCAGAGUCAAAGAUGACAAAGCAGAAACUCCAGCAGAGGAUGACGGAGCAGUUUCAGAAGUCAAUGGGAGGAAAGCCAACCUGGGCUGAGGUCAAAGUCAAGAAGAGCAAGAAAAAAGGCGAUGAUAGCGAGGAGGAUGAAGAUGAGGAUGAUGACGAUGACCUGCUGAGGAAGACUGGGAACUUUGUGGCGGCCUCUGAAACCCUGCCAUCGGGGACCCUACGGGUCAAGAAGUGUCUCCAUGCCAACGCUGCUCGUCCCUGCAGCGAUCAGCUGACCACGGUCCAGUUCCACCCCUCGGCUCAGGUUGUCAUGACGGCAGGACUCGACCAGUCCAUCUCCCUCUUCCAGGUGGACGGGAGGACCAACCCGAAGAUCCAGAGCAUCCACCUGGAGCGCUUCCCCAUCCACAAGGCCCAGUUCAGCCGCGACGGCGAGUCGGUGGUGGCCACUGGCGUCAAGAACAAGAUGUUCUACAUGUACGACAUGAUGGAGGGACGCGUGGUGCCAGUUUUCUCCGUCAGGGGUCUGAAGCAAGCCAGUGUGAGAGAAUUCUCUGUGUCUCCGGAGGGAGACUCUCUGCUGCUCUCCGGGAACGACGGAUACCUGCACGUCCUGAAACUCAAGACAAAGGAAGUGGUACAGAGUUUGAAAAUCAACGGCUCUGUAAGCGGAGUGGCCUUUUCUCCCGACGGAAGCAACGUCUUCGCACAAUCUGAGGAGGGCGAGGUGUAUGUGUGGGACAUGCGCAGCAGUCGCUGUGUCAACAAGUUUGCAGAUGAUGGCUGUGUGAAGGGAACCAGCAUCGCUACAUCCAGGAACGGACAGUACCUGGCCUGCGGCUCUCAGUCGGGAGUGGUCAACGUCUACUCUCAGCAGGACUGCCUGACAUCAGCCAAUCCCAGGCCUCUGAAGACGCUUAUGAACCUGGUAACCCCUGUGACCUCUCUGGCCUUCAACCCCGCCUCUGAGAUCCUCGCAAUGGCCUCGCAAAACGAGGAUGAAGCCCUGCGUCUGGUCCACCUCCCCAGUUUGACAGUGUUCUCCAACUUCCCCAUCACCACGAAGAAGAAGUACAUCCACCGCACCAGCUGCCUAGACUUCUCACCACAUAGUGGCUUCUUCUCAUUGGCUAACAACAAGGGCGACGCCCUACUGACGCGGUUGCUGCACUACAAGGACUUUUAAGAAAAGGAGGAUUGCGUAACACACAGUAACAGGACGCCAAAAUUAGAAGCCUUUGGGAUACAGAUUGUUUGGAGUUUAUGACAAGAUUACAAGUUGAAAGUGUUCCCUGAGAAACUGAACCAGUCUGUAGUUGUCCCGUACCUUGUAAUUUGAUAUUCAGCACACAGUUUCAAAGUACAAUGUUAAAGAGAACAAUGGGUUUUAUUGGUUGUGGGUCAGAAUCGCUUGGUAGACGAGUCCUAUGAACUGCUGGGCCGCAUAUGGAUAGCUUCCAUGUAAAAACUCUUGUUGUGGUUGUUUUUGUUAUUAUUUUUUAACACAUUAUUGUAUAAAUGAAGUAAAAUAACCACGGUAUAUCCAUUCUAA